UUUUUCCUUCUUAUUGGUUGAAUUCUUGGUCAGCACAAACCAAAACUGACAGGGAAAGUUUUCAUUCAUCUCUGUCAAACCAUAAUCUCAGGUGCUGUUUUUUUGUUCUUCUUUUCUUCCUUAUAGAGUUUCAUCAAAAUCUCAACAAUUCAUUUUUCUAGAGGUUGGUUGGUGGUUAAAUAUUCCCAAUAUGAAGCCAUUUACUAUUAUUGCACUUUUCUUAAUCAUCUUUUUUUCCAUUCCUUUCAAUUAAUUAAUUAAUUAAAAAGCUUUUUUUAAGAUUUUCAAAAUCAAUUAAGAUUUCUCACGUGUUGAACAUAUUGAAAUUAAUACCUAUAUUGAUGUAAUAUAUAUUCUCAUAAUUUUUAAAAUGGAAAAAAUUAAAAUUAGUUGAUGAUUAAUUUGUUUUUUUCUCUGUAUUAAAUUUAUUUUUGUAGUUGGUAAAUUCAUGCACAAGGUAAAGAUCGCCGUUGGUUUGGUCAUUGUAGAUUUUAUUUUGAGAUGCAUUUCGCAGAGACACGUUGAACAUUUCUUUUUCUGUCUCAAAUCUGAAAAAAUUAAACUUCUAAAACACUUUUCAAUCAAAAUUUUCCUUAGUUCAUGCAUGUUCUAAAAAAACCAGAAACCAACCAAUAGCAAGCAGAACCUAGUUUUUUUUUCUUUAUUUCUUGUUUUUUUUUUUACUAUAAAUACAAAGCAAAUCUCUUCCAAAAACACACACAAAUUUUCCGAAAAAAGUUUAAAGAAAAAAAAAAGAUGGAGCAAGACUGUGGUGGUGGUGGUGGUCGCGGUGGUGGUGAUGGAAGAAGAGGUGAGAUGAAUAAGCAAGUUCAUAAUCAUCCUCAGCCUCAGAAGUGUCCUAGGUGUGAUUCAUUCAACACCAAGUUUUGCUAUUACAACAACUAUAGCCUCUCUCAGCCCCGUUUCUUCUGCAAAACAUGCAGAAGAUACUGGACUCAGGGUGGAACGUUGAGAAACGUUCCCGUUGGUGGUGGUUGUCGUAAGGGAAAGAGGGCUAAAAAUUCAGUCAUGAGUUCUUCAAGUAAUUCCAUUGGGAAUUCUUCUCUGGCUCAUGCUCAGUCAGCGCUGCACCAGUCGACUGAUCAUCAGUCGACUAUGGCUGCGCUGGCUAGAGACUCUUCUUCAGUUUUAGCCUCAUUUUCCUCUACCGUUCCUUUUUAUCCCGGUGGUGUUGGUUAUAUGUCAUCUUUUGCGGCGUUUAAUCCGUCUCUGAAUCCAAAUCUAUCACCACACAAUUUUAAUCCGUCACUAAAUGUCGGCGGUGUUGGUGUUGGAGUUGGUUCUUCAAAUUUGGGUCUUUUACAAGGUUUUAACGUUGCUGCUGCUGCUGCUCUUGGAAAUUCAUCACAAGGACAAAACCGUCCAUCUCAGUUUUUUCAUCAAAUGGGUGGUAAUUGUGGACCAGUGUUUACAUCAGAACAACAAGGUUUGAAUUUGAUUCCUCAAUCUAAUAUGGUUAAUUCUAGUUCUGUUUCCGGUUCCGGUUCCGGUCCUGCUUCUGAUAAUUGGCCUCAGACCUACAUCAACAAUGCAAACAAUAAUAGACUCUCUGAGCAACAAUCUCUUUGGAGUACUGUCAGCACAACUUCAAUUGGUGCUAAUUGUGAUAGGAAUGGUGGCGGUGUUGCUGGUAGCGGCGGAGACGGCGUUUCUGUUUCUUUGGGUCCAAAUCAAUGGCCUGAUCUGUCAGGGUUCAACCCUCAUCAGUGAGAAGACAUAUACAUAAAUCUGAGCAAUUAAUAUGUCUUGUUUCAUGUUUUUGUUUAAAUUUAAGAUAUUAGUAGAAUAUAUACUAUAGUUAUAUAUAUCUAUAUAUUAUAUAUAUAGGCUUAUUAUAGAUACAGGGUUUUGUUAAAUGUUGAUCCAGUUGAUUUUGCAAACAUUGAACCCUUGAGUAUUUUUCUUUUAUAUUCAUUAUUACUGUUAUUAGUAUUAUUAGUAUUACAACAGAGACAUUCUGGGUUGGGUUAGGUUGUUUUUGAAUUUUACAUAUAAAUAAUAAUAUUAUGAUAACUAGUUAUAUACAA